AUGCCAAGGCAAAACCUGGGCAACAUUCACAUGGAAAAUUUACUACCUGGCAAAAUCAGGAAACGAGGGUGUUCAUCUUCAGCUUCAUCGUCAUCAUCCAAAAUCCAAAACUACAGAUUCAAAAGAGCGAUUCUAAUUGGUAGCAAAAGGGGUGGAUCCAGUACUACCUUGCCUACAUGGAAGCUGAUGAUGAGAUCGCCAUCAACGGCGUCAAUGUUGAGAGCUACGGAGUAUCCUAAGUAUGCGGGAUCACAAAGUGGGAGUAAAGCGAGAGGGCAAGGACAGGGGCAGCAGCAGCAGCCGGUUUCGGCGAGGAAGCUGGCGGCGACGCUGUGGGAAAUGAAUGAGAUACCAUCGCCGAGAAGAAAGGAAGGGAACAGAGAGACGAGGAGGAGGAAAGAAGGGAGAGAAAGGGGAGCUGCUAGGUCGGCUCAUUCGGGUUCUUUGCCGCCUCACUUGUCUGAUCCUUCUCAUAGUCCUGUUUCUGAGAGAAUGGAUAGUCCUGGAACCCAUAGUCGCCAGAGAAGAGCAUCAUCUGUUUCCCACAAGCUUAGACUUACAGACCAUAACGUUAGGGUAUUGGAUUCUAUUAGCAACACCAGUUUGAUGGAGAUUGAAACUAGAUCUCACGCCCAUACUCCCACGGGAUCAACUGUUGGCGUUAAGACUCGUUUGAAGGAUGUUAGUAAUGCCUUGACAACAUCCAAAGAACUAAUAAAAAUUAUCAACCGCAAGUGGGGUCACGAAGAUCGUCCUUCAUCAAGUAUGUCCCUCAUGUCUGCCUUACAUGCUGAGUUGGAGAGGGCUCGCCUGCAAGUCAAUCAACUCAUCCAAGGGCAGCGCUCAGACCAGCAUGACAUCAAUUAUUUGAUGAAGUGCUUUGCUGAAGAAAAGGCGGCAUGGAAAAACAAGGAGCAGAAAGUUGUCGAGGCUGCUGUUGUGUCCAUUGCAGGUGAACUUGAGAUUGAGAGGAAGCUUAGGAGACGUUUUGAAACCUUAAACAACAAGCUUGGGAAAGAACUAGCUGAGACAAAGACAUCUCUUCUGAAAUCAGUGAAAGAACUUGAGAGUGAGAAAAGGGCAAGGGUGGUAAUUGAGCAAGUAUGUGAUGAACUGGCUAGGGAUGUCAGUGAAGAUAAAGCUGCAAAGGAAGAGCUGAAGAGAGAGUCUGCAAAAGUUCGUGAAGAGGUUGAAAAGGGAAAGGAGAUGAUGCAGUUAGCUGAUGUGUUGCAUGAACAGAGAGUUCAAAUGAAACUCUCGGAGGCCAAAUAUCAGCUUGAGGAGAAAAAUGCAGCUGUUGAUAAACGGAGGAAAAAACUUAAAACUUUCCUAGGUACAAAAAGAGUUAAAGAAAAAGGGCGUGGUUCUCUAAAUGAGCCUAACAGUGAGGCGAUUGCUGCCUAUUUAAACAGAGCCCAUUUUGGUUCCCAUCCCAGUGAGGAAAAUGAAGAGGAUGGAGAAGCUGAAGAUGUUGUAGAACGGGAAGAAGACUCUGUUGAAAGUGAUCUUCAUUCCAUAGAAUUAAAUAUGGACAACGACAUCAAGAACUACAAGUGGGCAUAUGCUCCUGGUGCAGCUCGUGAUUCAAGAGAUCCUCUAAUAAAUGAAGAAGACAUCACAGGUAGAAAAUCUACCUCUAGCAGAUUAGCAAGGAGUACUUCUUUACAAAGGAGCAUGUCAGAUGGAGUUGAUUGGCGAAUGCAAAAGGAAAGGCUUCAAAAUGCUGGUGAUGAUUUAGAGUGGGGUAGAUUUGCUGAACUGGAGAAGCAAGUAGAAGCAAAAAGUUAUGGAGGUGAAAUGCUUGGAUAUAAAGCUGUAAAGGGUCUUAGGGAACACCUUCUAUCUGGUUCUAGGGAAGGUAGAAUUUAUGCUAGUCCAACACGCUCUUCUAGAGAUCUCGACAAUGCAGCUCAAGAGAGGCCCUCUUUGGUGCCUGGUAGUGUUUUGAAGUCAAGGCUGGUAGAAUCGAGGGGUGAAGCCAAUAAUGCUAGAAGAUGGUGAGAAAUACAAGUUUGUUGAUUAUGCUUUGUUCACUAUUGUCUAGCUCAUCUCAGCUUGCAAAGGUGAACUUUGGAUGCAUGGAAGUAGUUUCAGAUCAAGCUUGUUAGAUGCUUACUGCAUGAAGAUUUGGAUGGAAACAAGUUUCUUUUCUUGUUGGUUAGAGCUUUGUGUGAUGCCCCUUGAGGUGCUCAAAUUGCAAUGAUCGUUGCUUGAUAUGCACCAGAUCUGGACCAUGAGUAGGAUCGAGAGUCUUUUGUAGAGCCCUUUGUUGUCCCUUUCUUUAUAAGGAAGCUGUGCUAAUUGAACCAGUUUUACCUUGUACAAAAUCUUCUAGCAUAAUUGAAAUGUAAAAUAUGCUAGAAGAGUUCCAAAUUUGCCUGCCGUAGGUGCUUCUUUUUCUGUCUUAACUUUGUCAGUUAGCCUCUUUAUGUCACCAAGUAUUUGAAUGAUAUGAUAAUCAGCUGAGGCGGUGAGACUGGGGAUUGCUUCUCUCAUUCACCAUGAAACAUGGAUGCAACAUUUCAGCAGAUGCCUUGGCCAGAUCACCCUCAGUCCAAGUUCUUUUUUCCUCUUAAUAGGAAAAUCCCAUGAAUAAUGUUAAGAUUUCAACCAAGAAUAUCUUUGAAAUAUGAUUUGCUUCACAAAUUUGGAUGGGGGUACAAUAGAAGCGACAUAUUGUUGCCAAUCCUGAAAAUAACAGCAGAGAAAUAGGCAAAUAAUAAGCUAUAGAUA